AUGUUGGGAGACGCCUCUUACAAAACCGCAGGGUACGCCAAGGAACUCCAAGCUCCCCAUUUACUGUCGCGUGAUGAUUUGGCAGCUCAGGUUCGCCGAUUUAUCGAAACCUUCAACUUGAAUAUAAUCAAUUCCGCCCAGAUCCAACACACUCAGUACAACAAGUCCUCAAAGGACUGGAAAAUCAGGUUUUCUACACAAGCAGGCCCGCGCACGGCAAUCGCCAAACAUCUUGUUUUGGCCACAGGCGUUGGGUCGCAGAAGCCCAACGUCCCACAGAUUGAAGGAAAAGAUCUCUACAAGGGGAUUAACAUCCACUCGACUCAAUUCAAGAACGGCAAGAUACUGAGGCAACAAGGAGCUAAAGUAAGUUGA